AUGUGUUCCAAGCUCAAGGUGUUUUGUGCUGGGAAUAAUAACCUCUCGGGAACACUUCCAGAAGAUAUGUAUAACAUCACCACUCUUGAACAAAUUUCAUUACCUCUCAAUUCACUUUACGGAGUCCUUAGAGAUGGCAUUCUCAACCUCACAAACCUCGCAAUCCAUGACCUCCAUUUCAAUCAAUUCAGCGGCGUUCUUCCUCUCCAUUUUGGGAAGCUUUCCAAGUUGAAACUGUUGCUCCUUCAUUUCAACAAUCUGAAAGGUUCUCUGCCCCCAUCUUUGAUGAAUUGCACAAGACUUAUACAACUAAAUGUAGGAGUCAAUCACUUUGAAGGGGAUUUGUCCAUGUAUAAUUUCUCCAAACUUGGUAGGCUUCGUAAACUGGACCUGUUGAAGAAUCAGUUCACAGGAUCUAGUUUUGAAGAGGAGGAAGUUCCAGCUGAUCUUGGCAUGGCUGAUUUUGAUGGAUUCCAAAAUCUUCGAUUUUUGGAUUUGAGAAACAAUGAGGUGACCGGCCAAAUACCUAUAUGGUUAUCUAAGCUCAAGAAGCUAGAGCUUCUCCAUCAGUUGUCCCUUAAAAACAAUUUCUUCUCCGGCAAGAUUCCAUACCAAACAUCCAAUAUCAAACACUUGGCAGCAUUGGAUCUCUCCUUAAAUCAUUUCUCUGGAAAUAUACCAGCAUCAUUAACAAGCCUUAAUUUCUUGGCAGAAUUUAAUGUCUCAUACAAUAAUCUAGAAGGCCAAAUACCAACAGGCACUCAGUUACAAGGCUUUGGUGCAUCUGCAUUUGAGGGGAAUCCCAACCUUUGUGGUCCUCCAAUUCCAAAUAAGUGCCAACCACUUCCAAAUGAUGGCAUUGAUGAAGAUGACAGUGACCAUGAAGUUCCAUGGUUUUUAGUUUCUGUUAUGCCUGGGUGCGAUACUGCUGCAACACUGGAGCUUUCUCAAGCAGAACAUGAGGAGAGGAAAGCAAGGGCCUUAGCUACAGCUGCAACGGAGUUGGAAAGACUUCUCAGAAAGGAAGAUUUUGGUAGAAUGAAGGUGAUCGGGCAAUUUAAUGUUGGCUUCAUUGUUGGGAAAUUAGAUCAACAUUUAUUUAUAGUAGAUCAGGAGCCUCAUGCUUCCAAGGACAUGGUAGGAGGAAUAGUGAGUGAAGAAGGAAGUCUGUUCAUGGAUAAAGGUGACUAUGACCUUCCUGGACUGACUGAUGUUGAAAAGCCAACAGUGAGAGGUCCAAAGAGGGCUUCCAAGAUCCGCAAGCUAUUUAACCUCACCAAGGACUAUGAUGUUAGGAAGUUAGCUUACAUCUAG